UCUUUGCUUUUCCAGAUUUCGGGUUAUCAUCAUUGACCAAUCAAACAUUGUGCAGAGCUCUCUCUCUCUACUUACCAGCUCGGUGUGGUCUCUUGUCAUUGUCGGUCAACCGACGCCUAUUCUCCAUUUCUCUCUUCUUUCCCAAGCCUUCUUUCUGCAGGCCUAAUCGCAAAAGAGACAAUUUGGGGUGGUGCACAAUGGGAUAUGCAAAUGGUCUUCUAUGUCCGCAGGGGAAGCAGCCACUUCUCUCUUUUGGGAUCAUAUCAGAUGUCCAAUAUGCUGAUAUUCCUGAUGGCUGCUCAUUCCUUGGUGUUCCUAGGUAUUAUCGACACAGCGUUUGUGUGUUGCAGAGGGCAGUUCAGAAAUGGAAUCAAGAAAAGCCAAAAUUUGUUCUUCAUUUUGGUGACAUUGUUGAUGGGUUUUGUCCCAAAGACCAGUCAAUGAUUGCUGUGAAGAAAAUUGUUGAUGAAUUUGAUAAGUUCAAUGGCCCUGUUUAUCACAUGAUUGGCAAUCACUGCCUUUACAAUCUUCCUCGGGAUAAGUUGCUUCCUCUGUUGAGAAUUCCUGGCCAUGAUGGACGUGCCUAUUUUGAUUUUUCUCCAAUUCCAGAAUACAGAUUUGUAAUCUUAGAUGGUUAUGAUAUCAGUGCCAUUGGUUGGCCAGAGGAUCACCCUAAUACUUUGAAGGCCUUAAAAGUUCUUCAGGAGAGAAACCCAAAUUCAGACAAAAACAGUCCAAAUGGACUUGUGGGAUUAGAGAGAAGGUUUCUCAAGUUCAACGGAGGCGUUGGGAAAGAACAAUUGGAAUGGCUGGAUCAUGUCCUUCAGGAAGCUACAGAGUUGAAUCAAAAUGUAGUAGUGUGUUGCCAUCUGCCUUUGGAUCCUGGAGCUUCAUCUUUUGCAGCAUUGUUGUGGAAUUACGAUGAAGUGAUGGACGUGAUUCAUCGUUAUAGCUGUGUGAAGGUCUGUAUAGGUGGACACGCCCAUAAAGGUGGACAGUCGGUUGACUCCCAUGGUGUACAUCAUCGGGUCCUUGAAGCAGCUCUUGAGUGUCCUCCCGGAACUGAUGCUUUUGGACACAUUGAUGCUUUCAGUGAUAGAUUAUCACUUUUUGGUAAUGAUAGAAUGAAGAGCAGUGAGAUGGUUUUUGGUCACUAGACCAUACUUGCAACCAAAAAUAAAAAGCUACAGGUGUAAAGUUUACCCACUUUUAGUGGUUAUAUAUAUGAUGUCAACUAUACGGUAUGUUGAGAAAGCAUAAUUCCCAGGAAAUGCAAGACGGGCAUGGUUUUGAUGUAAGUUCUGUUGCUUACACCCAGAUAUUGCGGCUACUCCGUGAAUGAGGUACGUAUUGGACUCUAUUCUUGACUUCCAGGGUGUCCUGAAAAUUCCUGUUUGUCGAUUUAGGUUUAGCCUGAAUCCUUAAAGAGUUCCAAAAGUUGCUUCUGUCCUGUAAUAAACAUGGUUGUACUCUGGAUGAAUUAGUAAAGUUAACCACGGAUACAUUAAUCAUGCGUCUCUACUCU